AUGACUUGUAUCCUUUCUUCUCCACAAAACACAAUCAAACCCACAUCGAUUCAAAGAAUCAAUAUGAAGCUGGUUUCAAGCAGUUCAGUCCUAUGCCUCGCAUGGCUUCUCAUCAUGAUGAUGGCCACGUCGGCCCUAUCCCAUUCAGAUGACAACGCCGCCGUGUUCGACACAGAUCGCCGUCCUCUUCAACGUGGCCUUGAGUACUACAUCAAGCCUGCCAUAACGGACGUCGGCGGCCGCUUCACUCUCAUCGACCGCAACAACUCUUGCCCUCUCUAUGUCGGCCAGCUGAACACCGACGUAGGGGAAGGCCUGCCGGUGAUCUUCACGCCGUAUGCCGGAGAAGACAACAUCGUGAAAGUGAACAGGGACUUCAGGGUGGCGUUCUCGGCAAUCACGCUAUGCAUUCAAUCAACAGAAUGGAAGGUCGGCGAGAAUGACACGACGAGUGGAAGAAGACUUAUCGUGACUGGUAGUCCCAGUGGUGAUCGUGAUUAUAGUAACUAUUUUAGGAUUGUGGAGACACAGUCCGAAGGAAUCUAUAAUAUUCAAUGGUGUCCUACAGAAGUGUGUCCUAUUUGUAGGUUUGAUUGUGGGACUGUUGGUGGAUUACGAGAGGAUGGGAAGAUCCUGGGGGCUUUGGAUGGUAAUGUUCUUCCUGUUAUGUUUGAGAGGAAGGCAUAAUCGUCAUUAUCAUUAUAGUUCUGUGAAUCGAAGCUGUUAAAAUAUUUGGGUGAUUGUUGUAAUAAUUAAGCAGAUUCAUCCGUAUAGCAUAACAAGAGGAUGAAACAAAUAUGUUAUGUUAUUUUAGUGUUGCAGACAAUAAUAAGGUUGUCUUUACUUUAUGAUCAA